AUGAGGUGCAGCGCUGGUGCGGAAAAAUUCGAGCGCUUGCCAGAACUGGCAAAGCCGACACAUUAUACGCUGGUGCUAACACCAGAUCUGAAGAAGUUCACUUUUGAUGGCCAAGAAACAGCGGACAUCGAAGUCAUCGAAAGCACCGAUUAUCUGAAGCUGCAUGCCAAUCAGAUCGACAUCAAAAAUGCUGAGAUCACUCUUUCGGAUGGAACAGUGCUGAAAAAUCUUGGCAUUGAUUACGAUAAGCGUUGGACAACGGUCACGCUGAAACUGCCCAAGCAGAUUGGCCCGCAAAAAGCGAAAGUUUCGCUCGAUUUUGUUGGUGAAUUGAACGAUAAUAUGCGAGGCUUUUAUCGUUCAUCUUACAAAGAUGCUGCAGGCAAUGAACGUCAUAUUGCAUCGACUCAGUUUGAGAGUACAUACGCACGACUUGCAUUCCCUUGCUGGGACGAGCCAAUUUACAAGGCCAAAUUCGAUAAUGUGAUAAGCGAGCAGAAUGCAAAUAAUAAGAAAGUAGUGAAAUUUGCCACCACACCGCCAAUGUCUUCUUAUCUGGUUGCGUUUGCCGUUGGUGAAUUGGAAUAUAUUGAGGGCAAGACAAAUGGCGGUUGUUUGGUACGAGUGUACACGGUCCCAGGCAAAAAGAAUCAGGGUGAAUUCUCGUUGCAUGUUGCUGUAAAGGCACUGGACUGGUACAGCAAAUGGUUUGGUAUCGAUUAUCCGCUGCCAAAAUGCGAUCUCAUCGCCAUUCCGGAUUUCAGCAUGGGUUUGCUUCUAGGCUUUUUUAUCAAACUUUCUGAAUUUGGCUAA